UGACACUACUGUGAUUAUAUCGGUCAUAUGAUAAAAACAAUUAAAGAAACCGUUUUAUACAUCGACAGAUAACGUUAAAAUUCUCAUUCUCAACGCCAACGUCGUUGUGGCGCUGUUCUCAUUUAUAUCCCAUCCCCAAUGUACUCACCCAAAUUCGACAAAAUUCAAUCAUUGAACGUUUUGACAGCUCGAAUGCAAUCGCAAACCGUGUAGAUAAUAAAAAAUAUUGUAACUCGUGAAAAAUUACAAAGAUUCUCGUAAUGAGAACAAUUUUUUCUCGUGGGAUGAAAAGAAAAUGUUGACCUUUGCAUUGACGUUAACAAAAAAAGUUCAAUAUAUCCCAAAAGAAAAAUAUCUGGUGAAAAGUGCACAGCUGAUUAAUAACGCAUUCAAAUAUACGAAGGAUAGAAACAUUCAAAAAAUAGAAAUAAACAAGAAUGGGUUCGGAGCAAAGUUCUCAAGCAGCGGGAGGCCAAGGCGCAGAGGGAAAUCGUUCAAGGACGGCACAGCUUCGUCGAGGGAAGAGUGUGCCGAACAGGGAACGACUGCCGGAGGAUACACCACCGAGAUGCAUAAGUCCAGGACCAAGUAUAUGUUCUGACUCAGAUUUGCCAUACAUAUCUUACACGGUGAACAGGCCUAUAGGAGAUUCGCCGAAAAUGACAAAUAAGCAAUCGCAGCUUUACAGAGGUAAAAGUUUUGGACACCAAGAAAUGCCAAGACGAAAAUCAAGUGCCGGAGCAUUGGGACAACGAAAAACUGCUAAUACGAGCAAAACCGCUCACAAUAUUGUGGUGGUGAAACCAGCAAUAUCGGAUGCAUCUGCAGACAAAGAUCCUGAUCUUGUUAAACUCCAAAGCAUUCCAAUGUUCUUGCCCAUAAUGCGAGGAACUUUGAAUCUUCCGCCUGGAGUUAGAGAUCCUGAAGUCCUGGAACGUCUCGAUCCAAUCGGCCUCUUUAAUCUUUGCGCUCGUUAUCAACAUCAUCUCAAUACCAAUGCUCAAAUGAUCGCCUCGGAGCAAGCAGCUCUAUGCGCUAAUAUCGAUGGUGAAGUCAACAGAAUAAUGAGCUUAGCCGUUGAAAGGGCAAAAAAGUUUAACAAAUUUGCUGAACAAAUGAAUAAAGUUCACGAACUCAGUAGACAAUUGACCAAAUGCCAUAUGCAAUUAAAUCAAACUCUAGAGAGCCUUGAAACUCUCAAUAAUUUGUUACCUAUCAAAGACAGACUCGAACCUUUUGUCUGGACCACUGGAUAAAUCAAUUAGCCUCAACUAAUAAUGAUAAUAACUAUAAUGUGUUAAUAUUAUGUUAGUAAUAACACCUAUAUUUUUAUUACUGUUAUUGACAUUGAUUUAGGUGAAUAUUUAGAAAAUACACGUUUCCAAAAAUUGCAACACAUUUUCGACAGACAUUUGAAAAAAAGAUGCAUCUUCUGAGGAAACUUAUUUUCUAAAUAUCGACUGUAAUGGUUCAAAUAUUCUUUACGCGCUCGUUGCAUUAAGCCAUUUCUUUUAUAAAGCUCACUUAUAAAAUGGCACCUGUGAUUGUAAUGUAUAUACGUUAUCAUAUAUUUAAUUGUAUAUGUACUUUGUGUAAUUAUCGCACAUGUAGAGAAAUGAUAUAAAUAUGGAAUUAAUGUUGA